AUGGUGGCGAACCCCUACAACGCGCACCACGUCCAGCAGAUGGCCCGCGAGCCGUCGACGUCCGCGGUGCUCGACGACUUCGGCGCGGUCUACGGAGGCGGCGGCGCCGCGGCGCCGCCGCCGCCGGCCGCGAGCGCCUGGAGCCCCUUCGCGAGCAAGCCCCGGCCACCGGCGCCGGGCGACGACGACGUCGUCAUGACGUCGAACCCGAACUCGAGCCACCUCGUCGCGCGGGAGCCGUCCGCGUCCGCGCUCCUCGACGACUUCGACGCCGUCUACGAGAAGAAGCGGGCGCCGGACGAGCCCCGCUCCUGGAACCCCUUCGCCUCCGCGAAGAAGGCGCCGCCGCCGAAGCGCCGCGAGUCCCACUCCGCCGACGUCGACGACGAGCCGCUGAGCCCCGCGACGUUCGCGAACAACCCGUUCUCGCUGCGCCAGCAGGCCGCGGACGCCGGCGGCCCGGAGCUCACCGCGGACGGCGUCUACGGGUCCCGCGACCCGGCGUCGCCCGCGGCGCACAUGACGGCCAACCCCUUCGGGGCGGCGCACCGGAAGAAGACCGUCGACGACGACCCGACGGACUUUGGGGACGCGUACGAGAAAGACGACGCCGCCGUCGGCGGCGAGAACCCCUUCGGCGCCGCGCACCGCAAGAAGAAGGUGAAGGACGACCCGACGGACUUCGGGGACACCUACGAUAAAGACGACGGCGCGGUCGGCGGCGAGAACCCCUUCGGCGCCGCGCACCGCAAAAAAAAAGAGCAGGACGACCCGACGGACUUCGGCGGCGCCUACGCGACGGACGGCGACGUCGCGAUGACGGCGAACCCCUUCGCGGCGACGCACGACCAGCGCAAGGAGAGCGCCGUGCCGCCGCGCCGCGGGACGGACUUCCACAACAGCAAGGCCGACUCCGUCGCGAUGCGCCUCGGCAAGCAGCGGCACAAGGUCCGGAAGAGCACGACGCUCCAGAAGCAGGACGUCCACGUGGCGACGGCCGACGUCUACGGCGAGGGCGACGGCGGCGUCGCCGGGGCCAACCCCAUGGCCAAGGACCACAGCCCCGCGGAGAAGCUGACGCUGAAGCUGAUUCGCACGUCGCUCGUCGGGAGCCCCUACCAUGGCAAGGACCGCAAGGAGUUCACGACGGAGCUGAACCUCGAGGACGCCUACGAUAAAGACGACGGCGCGGUCGGCGGCGAGAACCCCUUCGGGGCCGCGCACCGGAAGAAGCAGGUCCGCGACGACCCGUUGGACUACGGCGACGCCUACGAUAAAGACGACGCCGUCGUCGGCGGCGAGAACCCCUUCGGGGCCGCGCACCGGAAGAAGCAGGUCCGGGACGACCCGUUGGAUUACGGCGACGCCUACGAUAAAGACGACGGCGCCGUCGGCGGCGAGAACCCCUUCGGGGCCGCGCACCGGAAGAAGCAGGUCCGGGACGACCCGUUGGACUACGGCGACGCCUACGAUACGAAGGACGACGACGGCGCCGUCGGCGGCGAGAACCCCUUCGGCGCGGCCCACCGGAAGAAGCGCGUCGAGGACGACCCGACGGACUACGGCGACGCGUACGAAGAGAAACACGCGCACCUCGGCAUGGCCAACCCCAUGGGGUCGCGGCCGCCGCACGAGACGGGCUACGAGUACGAGUCGUCGUUCUACGACCGCGUCUACGGGUCGCCGGACGGCGUCGGCGGCGCGAACCCCAUGGGCGGCGACGACGGCGUCCUCGACACGCUGAGCGCCGUCGAGCAGGAGGAGAUGGUCGCGGGGACGUCGAGCCCCUGGCACACCUUCGCCAUGGUGCUGCAGCACGCGCGCGACGUGCUCGCGGAGGGCGCGGCGAAGCUCGACGCGGCCUACGCGCGCGCGAAGCCCCGCGGCGGCCGCGGCGACGCCGCGGGCCGCAAGGCGUCCUUCGAGGCGGGCUGGCGCGCGCUGACGCGCGACGUCGACCGGUCGCUGCGGGCCAUGGUGAAGAUGACGGACGAGAGCCACGGCAAGGACGAGAUGCGGGCCCUGGGGCGGGGCGCGUCCGAGGACCUCCGCGCGUACCUCGCCGCCGAGGGCCGGUGCGUCGACGUGGGCCUCUGCAGCGUGGGCCACUUCGUGCCCCUCGCCGCCGUCGACGGGUCGUCGAACCAGGAGUCCUUCGAGGUCUUCUCCGGGCGCACGACCUCCGACCGCUUCGGCGACCGGCGGGGCAAGUGGUACCACCGCUGCGUGGAAUUCAACCACUGGUUUGGGUGGUCCUGA